AUGUCUGUCUCACUUCCCGUCACUCCUAUUCCAACCACCCAAAGGGUUCAUCAUCAGGAGGUGGCUCGCUCCACUGCAAACUAUCCUCCUAACAUUUGGGGUGAUCGUUUCCUCACCUACGCUCCUGAUGAUACGGUAACCCAGGAAUGUAAAGCACAGAAAAUAAAAGAACUGAAAGAAGAAGUGAGAAAGGAGCUAAAAGCCAGUGCCCAUAAGUCUCCAGAACUGCUGAAGUUGAUAGAUUCCAUCCAACUCUUAGGAUUGACAUACCACUUCGAAAGGGAGAUUGAAGAAGCAUUGAAAGACAUGUAUGGAACAUAUAGUCUGGUUGAUGAUAAUGAGGACCUCACAAAUGCCUCUCUCCGGUUCCGGCUACUAAGACAAGAAGGUUACGGCGUUCCAUCUGAUGUAUUUAGUAAGUUCAAAGACAAGGAAGGCAACUUCAAGGAAUCUUUGAUUGGUGAUUUACCCGGCAUGCUAGCUUUAUAUGAAGCUACACACUUGAUGGUGCAUGGAGAAGACAUACUAGAGGAAGCCCUGGCUUUCACCACUGCCCAUCUUCAGUCCGUGGCAACUGAUCCAAAUAAUCCUCUCUCAAAACAAGUGAUUCGUGCACUAAAGCUGUCCAUUCACAAUGGCGUGACUAGUGUAGGGGCAAGGCACUACAUUUCCAUCUACCAAGAAGAUGGUUCGCAUAAUGAAUCUUUACUCAAGCUUGCAAAGUUGGAUUUCAACCUGUUGCAGUCACUCCAUAGGAAAGAGCUAAGUGAGAUCACUAGGUGGUGGAAGGUUAGACUUUGCCACGAAGCUACUUUUGCAAGGGAUAGACUAGUGGAGAUUUACUUUUCGGCAUUGGGAGUGUGCUUUGAGCCCCAGUACUCUCUUUCUCUAAGGUUCUUAACGAAAGUGGCCAUCAUGAUAACCAUGGUGGAUGAUAUAUAUGAUGCAUACGGUACAAUUGAAGAGCUCACACUCCUUACAGAAGCAAUUGAAAGAUGGGAUGCCAGCAGCAUAGAUCAACUUCCAGAUUACAUGAAAUGCUUUUAUCGGGCAUUACUGGAUCUUUAUGAAGAAAUGGAGCAAGAGAUGGCCAAGGAAGGAAAAUUAUACCGUGUUCACUACGCAAAAGAACUGAUGAAAAAGCAAAUCCAAUCCUACUUUGUUGAAGCCAAAUGGUCGAAUCAAGGAUAUAUACCAACAUUCGAUGAGUAUAUGAGUAAUGGAGUAGUAAGUGGUUGUUGCUCUUUGCUCAUUGCCACAUCUUUCGUUGGCAUGGGAGAUAUAGUAACCAAGGAGUCCUUCCAGUGGGUGCUCAGCCGCCCCACGAUGAUUGGAGCUUCACAGAUCAUUUGCAGGCUCAUGGAUGACAUGGCUUCCCACGAGUUUGAGCAAAAAAGGGUGCACGUUGCUUCUAGUGUUGAAUGCUAUAUGAAGCAAUAUGGUGUUUCAAAGCAGGAGGCGUAUGAUGAGUUGAAUAAGCAAGUAGUCAAGGCAUGGAAGGAUAUUAACCAGGAGUGCCUCAAACCUACACCAGUGCUGAUGCCAAUCAUCACACGUGUUCUAAAUAUUGCCCGUAUGAUGAAUAUCUUGUACAAGGAUGGAGAUGAGUUCACCCAUGUUGGAAAACAGAGGAAAGAUCUCAUUGCAUCGAUCCUCAUAGACCCCGUGCCAAUGUAA